GCGGUAUGAAGAGCGGGGUGAAGCGUGGCGCGGGAACGAAUUUUCGGUGCAACACACGACACCACGCCGCUGCACUCGUGUACCGACCGUCGCGACGCGUAGUACUGUCUGUGAAAUCUAGCAUAGACACAAGAAACUUAACCUGACCUAACUAUUAUAAACAAGCCAGCAUGCAAGCCAACAUGGAGUGGUUGGACCUAGACUUGGCGCAUAUAAUGUCCGGCGUCAACGGCACGGCUGAACCGAUGAUCCGUCGAGUGAAGCAGGAAGCAGAACCUCCACCAGUGUAUUCUCCUCCUGAGUCACAUAUUACCCAGCCUCUUCAUCAGAGACAUAUGCAGAUCAUGCAGCCAGAGCUGGAUCUCCAGCCCAAAGAAGAAAUCAAAUUCUGCGUGUCUCCCUCUGAAACCGUAGUUGGGAAUACCAGCCCGGAGCAGCAACACUGCUCCUCUACAACUGCUGCAGCGGCCACUGGUGCCAGAGAUGACGACCCUCCGAGAAGGGAGUGCCUGGUCUGCGGAGAUGUGGCAUCAGGUUACCACUACGGAGUGGCCAGCUGCGAAGCUUGCAAGGCGUUCUUCAAACGGACCAUACAGGGCAACAUAGAAUACACGUGUCCAGCAUCAAACGAGUGCGAAAUCAACAAGCGGCGCAGGAAAGCGUGUCAAGCGUGUCGAUUCCGGAAAUGCCUGCGCAUGGGCAUGCUACGCGAAGGCGUGCGCUUAGAUCGUGUGCGCGGGGGCAGACAAAAGUACCGCCGCGUGGCUGACCAGGCACCUGCCGUUCAUCAACCAAGACCACAGCUCGAUGACAUUAAGGUCCUUGAAGCUCUAAAUUCCUAUGAACCAGAAAUCUUAACCUGCGGUGCGGCGCCAGCUAACGUGACAGACACUGUAGCCAAAACAUUGUCCUUACUGGCAGACCUCUAUGACAGAGAACUGGUCAGCGUUAUCGGCUGGGCCAAACAGAUCCCUGGAUUCACUGACUUGCAAUUAAAUGAUCAGAUGCGUCUCCUACAAAGCACAUGGGCAGAGAUGUUGAGCUUGACGAUCGCGUAUCGCUCGAUGGGUGCCAGUUCCUCGGCUGUGCGCCUGCGCUUUGCCACUGACCUCACGUUGGAUGAGCAGCAGGCCAGGGAAAUUGGCGCCACAGAACUGUUUGCACAGGUGGCGGGCGUGUGCCGGCGGCUGGAGCGCGCGGGCGCGCUGCGCGAAGAGUGCUUCCUGCUGAAGGCGCUGGCGCUGGCCAACUCCGAGGCGCGGCUGGACGAGCACGCGGCGCUGCGCAAGUUCCGCGACCACAUCCUGCAGGCACUCAACGACGCCGUCAACGCCCUCAGGACAUACAACGCAAAUGCGGCUCUUCAGCAACUAUUACUAGUGCUGCCCGCGUUACGACACGCCGACGUGGCCGUGCGCCGAUUCUGGUCCACGGUCCAUAGAGAACGACGCGCGCCCAUGAACAAGCUCUUUGUCGAAAUGCUCGAGGCUUGCUUACGGUAGACACUCUACAUCUGUGGUUGGUGAACUGUUGUCUAUAGUCGUGAGUUGUCUAUGCCCUGCUGCCUGAAAUGCAGUUGUGGUCUUCAUAGAAGCUUCUUUCUUCUUUGUAUUUUGUGGGUUAAAUAGUGAUCCUCGGACUCCACGGUGUCAGUGUUGAACAUUAUUUUUUAAUCGAGUAGAUCGGCGCUGGGCCGCGACUGUCUGUUUAGAGAGUCAUUGCUUCAUUGAAAUAAAAACAUAUCACCGUAGCAGUGAGUUGUUUGCCAUAAUUUAUUAGUCUGCAUUUAAUUUCGGACAGAUAAUGUUAAAAUUGUGUGUAAAUAAGGUAUUUAUGUCAGGUGUUCGUACCUGUAGAAUUAUGGCUGUGAACUGGCAGGCAAUCUUGCGGAGGGAGAAAUUGUUCUAGAAAUAUCUGUAUAACUUUUUAGGUUGUUUUUGGUGGUAAAACGUCGCGUCCCCGCGCCUUCAAUGUACAAAACAAUGGACGGAUUUAGUACAAAACUUGUUACUAUUUUUGUAUAAUAUUAAAAGUUAAUUAUCUAGUUUUACUGUGCAUUAGGCUUCGAGAUGGGUAUGGUCGUGGAAGAAAAAUCAUUUUCCUAACGCUCGUAGAUUGAUUUCUAGUGU